CAGCAGCGCGCGCUCACUCCACAGUCCGCCGCGCGCGCUACGUGUUUGAUCUGUUUUAUACACAUUUACGUGAUGUUUUUCAGACAACGAAGACUACCAUACCAUUAAUACCACUGAACCCUAAUAUUGAGACUACAAAGACACUUUUAUUAGUGCUGGAAUACGCUUUUCUUCUCAGGAAAAAGCAACAAGACUCUUAGGACUAAACGGAUGAUGGGAGUCUGAUAUCGCCUUUCGAUUCUCAAGGACUGUGUCAAGGAGGUUUUUUUUUAUUUAUUUUUUAUUUUUAAGAUAUAAGAUGAAGAUUUCCAGAUAUGUGUAUCAAAGCUCAAUGGUGCUCGUCCCAUAACCUGGAGAUGUUAGACAGCCAACAGUUGAACAGUUCAGCCCCGGAUGUGGAUGAAAGGUUCAGCAAUCAGACCCAGCAGGCACCUGGAGUGGUAACAGUGCACUGUAGGGAAAACAUGAACACCACAACCAACCCCACAGUAGCGGGCCUGUCCAUGACCCUGGGGAUCAUUUUCAACAUCAUAGCUCUGAUCAUUCUGGCUAAAGCCUAUGCAAAUCUGCGUAAGCGCUCGAAAGCCACGUUCCUGCUGUUCGCCAGUUCUCUGGUGGCUACGGACCUUGCCGGUCAUGGUAUCGCCGGUGCUCUGGUUCUGCGGCUCUACAUUUCUGGCACCGAUGGAGGACUUUGUAACCAAUCUGAUGCCACCUGCCAUUUCCUGGGCGGCAGCAUGGUGUUCUUCGGCCUGUGCCCGCUGUUUCUCGGAUGCAUCAUGGCGGCAGAGCGGUGCAUGGGUGUGACACGGCCCCUCCUGCACGCCCGUAUGGUUUGCACUGUCCACACCAAGUUAGUGCUGAUGAUGAUAUGGCUGUUGGCUUUAUUUGUAGCACUGCUGCCCUUCUUUAACCUGGGCACAUACACCUACCAGUUCCCAGGGACCUGGUGCUUCAUCAAUGUGUUGGACGACACCAGCCUCACAGACGUGAUAUAUGUGCUGCUGUUUUCUGGACUGGGACUAGCCGCACUGGCCGUGGCAUUGGUCUGCAACACCAUCAGCGGGGUGACGCUGGUAAUCGCCCGUUUGCGCAAGAAGAAGUGCCCUCGGAGAUCAGCUAAAUCACAUGACAUAGAGAUGGUGGCACAGUUGGUGGGCAUUAUGAUCACUUCCUGCAUCUGCUGGAGCCCUCUGCUGAUCUUCGGUCUGAUGUCAGUCAUCCGCUCAUACAGUGGCUCUAUGGGGGAUGAUUUGGAAUCCUACAGGACUUUAAUGGUCAUGGGAGUUCGUCUGGCUUCCUGGAACCAGAUUCUGGACCCCUGGGUCUAUAUCCUUCUACGCCGGGCCGUCCUCAAAAAGAUUUACCGCAUAACCACCGGCCGCAGUGACCUUAACAGGAGCACAUUCCGGCGGUGGGAGAUCAGCUCCUUCCAGAACUCCAUGAAGAGUGUAAUUAAUCGGAACUAAUGGAGGGAUUCCAGAAUAUGAGUUCUACCAUGAGGAAGAGAAAAUAAAUGGGAUGUUAUUAAUCAUCCUAUUUGGCAGCAUUGCUGAAAGCAGAUGUAAGUUCCUAAUAAUUGAAUGGUGGAUGAAGCAGCAUCAUACUGGAAGUUGUAAAGUGAUGCUCUUGAAUUGCAGUGACUUCAAUAAGCAUUAUAACUGAGCACAGUGGGGUUCUGGAAGUUACAAUCCCAUUAAUUUUCUCCAUCAAGAAACUGACUGAAAAUAAUUGAAGUACACAGUUUUAUACCUUUCAUAAUUUAAAAUACUGUUCUGCCUCAGUUUGUAUUGUUGAUUGAAAUUUUAAAACUCUAUUGAAGGGUUUUCUAGAAUGCCUAAAUGAAUGGGAAGAUAGUUCUGGAACCAAGGCUGCUGAAAAAGUUUGCACGCUGUAGAAUGAGUCUGAUAAAUGACAAUGUGAAAUGGACUGCAAACAUGCCCUCUGCGUGUCACCUCAAUUACUAUUAUUAUAUAUAAAAAUUAUAAAAAACUUAGUUCCCAUGUAAACUAUAAAGAAAAGGAAAUACAGAAAGGACAAGAUGAGUCACUGGAGCAAAGAAAAUAAAUGUUGUUUGGGUCUGGGAUUUAAUAAGCUAGUUCUCUUAUGGUGAUUCAUUGUAAAAUGAUGCUUAUAGUGAAUUUAUCAUUGACAUGAAGCUUUGUUUGGCUUCUGAGCUAUUGCACAGGAUUCUAUAUAAUCCAUAUCCAGUAUUGCAUACAGUACAGAAGUUAAAUGAAGGAAUAGUGUAAAUAUAUCACCUCAAGCUAAAGGCAUAACUUUUACAUGUGCAUGAGAGUUUCAGUGUGCUUGUAUCUGUAUAUUUGUGUCUCGCCCUGUUAUUUGUGAUCUUGAAAAGCUAAAGGAAUGUUAUUUUGACCAAUAAAAGGUUCACUUCUGGAAGAA